AUGUCAUUCGCAGACAUAACUGUUUCAUUAACAUAUCCACAAUCUGUCUAUCUAACUAUCUAUCUAUUUAUCUUAACCGGUUUACUUUCUUUUUCUUUCUAUCUAUCUAUCUAUCUUAACCUAUUUAUCUAUCUAUCUAUCUAUCUAUCUAUCUAUCUCAUCUAUCUAUCUAUCUCUCUCAAUCUGUUCGUUCUCUCUCCUUUCUUUCUAUUCCCAAACUUCUUAUCUCUCUUAAACACUUACUCACUCUCUCAUUCAUUUACUCUUUUUUACCAAAGACCACCUUUCCUUCUCUUUCCUAACAUGGAUGCCUAUGAGACCUGUUUCUUUCUUUCUUUCUUUCUUUCUUUCUUUCUUUCUUUCUUUCCUUCUUCAAUAGAAUUCUUUGUUUCUUUCGUCUCCUUCUCUUUCUUUCUUUCUUUCUUUUUUCUUUCUUUCCUUCAUGCUAUCUUUAUUUUUUCUUUCUUUCUUUUUUAUUUCUUCCUCCGUUUUCUUUAUUCUUGUUUUCCUUGGUUUUCCCUGCUUCAUUUCUCUCUUUCUUACUUUCUUUCUUUUUCUUUCUUCUUUCUUUCUUUCUUUCUUUCAUUUAUUUUUCUUUCUUUUUUUCUUUCUUUCUUCUUCUUCUUCCUUAUUCGUGUUUCUCUUGUCUGUUUCAUCUGUCUAUCUAUCACUGCUCAUAAUCUCUGUCUGUCUGCCUGUCUCUCUCUCUCUCUCUCUCUAUAUAUAUAUAUAUAUAUAUAUAUAUAUAUACGUCCUAUCUAUCUAUCUAUCUAUCUAUCUAUCUAUCUAUCACUGCACAUAAUAUCUCUCUCUCUCUAUCUAUCUAUCUAUCUAUCUAUCAUCAUAUCAAUCUCUUCCUUCCUUCCUAUCUAUCUAUCUAUCUAUCUAUCUAUCUAUCUAUCUAUCUAUCUAUCUAUCUCUCCAUCUAUCUCAAUCUCUUCCUAUCUAUCUAUCUAUCUAUCUAUCUAUCUAUCUAUCUAUGUAAUCUCGUCGAUUGUUUUCUUUCUUUUUUUGCUUUCCUUCUUUCUUUUUUUUUGCUUUCUUUCUUUUUUCCUUUUUUUUCUUUGCUUUUUACUUUUCUUUAUCUUUUUUUUUUUUCUUUUCUUUUUUUGCCUUUCUUUCUUUUUCUUUCUUUUUGCUUUCUUUCUUUUUGCUAAAAAAACUUUUUCUUUUUUUCUCUUUUUUUCUUUCCUUCUAUCUUUUUUCUUUCUUUUUUGCCUUUCUUUCUUGCUUUCUUUCUUUUUUGCUUUCUUUCUUUUUCUUUUUUGCUUUCUUUCUUUGCUUUCUUUCUUUUUCUUUUUUGCUUUCUUUCUUCCUUUCCUUUUUACUUUCUUUCUUUUUUCUUUCUUCUUUUCCUUCUUUCUUUCUUUCCUUUUUGCUAAAAGCUUGUUUCUUUUUUAUCUCUUUCUUUCUUUCCUUCUUUCUUUUUUCUCUCUUUUUUGCCUUUCUUUCUUUCUUUCUUUUUUGCUUUUUUUACUUUCUUUUUUGCUUUCUUUCUUUCUUUGUUUUUUUUCUUCCUUUCUUUUUUGCAUUUUUUCUUUCUUUUUUGCUCAUUGCUUUCUUUCUUUCUUUCUUUCUUUUUUUUUUUUUUUUUCUUUUCCCGACUAA